CACACAUACGUCCGUCUCGUCAGUUAGCCCCGCGUGAUGACGUCAGUGACUACAGGUUUGCCAAACUACAUCAUCGCUUGGAUUUGGUAAACACGGACGUUUUAUCGUGUUAAUUUACGUAGAACAAAGAAUAAAUAAUAUAUAGCUUUGAUUCGAGUAAAUUUACAAAGAAUAAAUCAUAUAUUUCUUUGAUAUUUCUGUGGCAAAAGUCAUGAACAAAGGUGAGCCGAAGUAAACACGAUACCUAGCUAAAACACGUUGCCCAUCUCUAAAUGUCCAAUUCAUUUAAUUAGAAAAUAUCUUUGCUAACUUUUUCCAAACAUGGCUAGUAUCAAAUACUGGUAUGAUCUGAUGAGGAGACAUCAAUUUCUUCCCCAAAAUAUUGAUCUCAAAUUGAAAAAAAUCAAAUCAAUUACGAAACCAAGAGUGGGCACAUGGUUGUGCAUCACGGUCACAUUUUGCUGGGCCAGGUCAUCAAUUGAGCAGGUAAAAAAAAUGGAAAUGUGAAAAAAUUUGUACAUUUUAGGCAUUCGGUAUUCAUGUAUGACAACAACACACACACACGAAUAAUUCAAGACAUCAUUUUGAACUGGCAUUGUGUUGUCACAGCAGUGAUGUGGACAGUGAAGGUGGUGGGUCUGGGAAUUGUGGCCUUCUCCCUCAGUGUGGAACUGCUGUGGAAGCUCCUGCGGCGCCUUCAGGCUCCGCCGACUCUGAACGAGGUCCUCUUCUUUCCCUCAAAAAUGGUCUGCAUGGAGCACAUCUUCUCUCCCUCUUCCCCCAACUCCUGUCACUGCCCGUUGCCUCAUGGUGUAGAGACGUCCUUCACCCGUCUUCUCCGCAUCAUCCUGUCAGCGUCCUCCUCUCUGGACUUGUGUUUGUUUUCUUUUUCCAACAUGGAAUUGAGUAGGGCCGUUCUGUACAUGUACAAACAAAAGAUAACUAUCAGAGUCCUUGUGGACAAGACCUACUCCAUCAUGACUGGCUCCCAGGUUGGAGCCCUCCGCAGGGGAGGGAUCUGCGUGCGCAACGUGGGCCGCUAUGUGCACAUGCAUCACAAGUUUGCUGUGGUGGACGGCCGACGCCUCGUCACAGGCUCCCUCAACUGGACGCUAGCGGCGGUGCAGCGCAACGCAGAGAACGUCCUGGUCACCGAGGAGCCGCGUCUGGUCCAACCCUUCGUCGAAGAGUUUUGUAGGUUGUGGGCGGACAGCGACCCAGCUCGGAAUAGACCUCUAAUGAUUAGCACUGUGUGAUAGUCAGAAAAAAAAAGGCAGUUUUGUGUUGAAUUCCUAAUAAGAGUUAAAUGGGACACAUAUUGACAUAGCAUCACAAAGCGUGAAAAGCAUUUAAAUUCGCAACAUUUCAAUUUUUUCUUCAUAUUCUUAAUAAUAAGCGUGUUUUCAAAGUUUUGUACUUUUGUAAUUUGUGAUUACAUUUUUAGAAGAUACGUGGAUGACAACAAAAGUUAAGUAAAGUCCAAUUUUCACUUUUUCAUUGGAAAAAAUUGUUACUUUGCCUCAGGGUAGUUACGAAAAUGUUCUCUCUAGUGUGGCCAAAGGGUGUCAGAAAUGAAUGGACCCUCACUUUUUGUUUUCUUUGAUAAAAUGUUUUAGGUACCACGUCUUUUUGGAUCUUAGUCCCCAUUUUAUUUGUUUUAAACAUUUUAGCUUUGCGGCGGUUCACGUUAUUUUUGUGUAUCACCAAAGCUUGGGUUUGAUUUUGUGUUGUAACAGCUGCGUUUUCAGAGAAUUGUUGUUGGAAUCAUUUCAAAAUGACUUAUUAAGACUGUGUUUAUGUUUACUGUGUUUUAUGGGCAGUCUCAGAACCAAUUAAAUCCAAAUUGUUUUUCAGCAUGUCAA